AUACAUGAAACACGAACCAACUAACGUCCGCGUCCCUCAAACGAACCUUUUUCCUUCUCCGCCUACUCGUUUCCUUGACCAUCCCCCCACAAACUUAUGGAUCCGUCGGAUCUCCGACCGUCGCCGCGGCGAGAGCUCCAGGGUCCCCGCCCAUCUCCUCUCAAGGUCGGGAAAGACUCCUACAAGAUCCGGAAACCGCCAAUCGUUCCGCCCCGCCACCGCCACCCGCCUGCAGGUGACCCUCCGCCGCCGCGGCCCCGCGACCCGGUCAUCAUCUACACCGUUUCCCCCAAACCCAUCCACAUCGAGCCCAGCGAAUUCAUGACCCUGGUCCAGAGGCUCACCGGCUCCGGCUCCUCCUCGGCCGAUCCGCCCCUCCCGGCCGCGCCGAUUCCUCUGCCCCGGUCCGGGGCGAUCUCCCCUGCCGCCCGCAUCGCCUCCUUCGAGAGAUCGGCAUCCGCGUCGUCGCCGCGCGUGAGGGAGGCCAGGGCGCAGCCGGGGGUUUCGAGUCGGUGGGAGAUCGAGGGCGGGUCGACCCUCGACCCGACCGCCUCCUUCCCUGGGAUCUUGUCGCCGGUGCCGGCCUCGCUCCCGCCGAUCUCCCCCACUCUUUUCACGCCGCCGGCGUUCGACCCCGGCGUGAUUAGCUUCUUCCACGACUUGAGCCCAAUUUUCGCCAACAACAGCUUCAAUAGCAACUUCAUCAACAAUAGCCCCGUCGCCAAUUUGCUCUCCACUCCUACCGUGCCUUCCCCCGGAGCCUUUUGGGAUCUCAUGAGCCAAUUUCCAGAUAUCUGACCGAAGAUCAAGCUUCAAUUCGUUCGUUCUAAAAACAAGAUCAGGAUCACGAUCCCUGUUGCUACUCCGAUCGAUCACCCGCUGACUUUUCAGUUUCCAGUUCACAAAGCCUAACAGGUAGACCAAAAUUGUGGAAGGAUCUAAUCGCCCCGUCAUUUCCUGCUGUUACAAUGACUGUACUCCAUGCGCCUGCUUGCUUAGGUGUGAGGCUCCAACAAUCUCCACGAAGUCGUAGACAGUGUUCGCGAGUGUCUCCAGAUUGCAAUGGCAGCUUCGUCUGGCAGGAAAGCUUCUCCUCCGGCCAUGUAGCUGAUGAUCUUGAGGAA